AUGAUCAGAUACUCCGAUCAGGCGAGGGCGACCUUCGCCAGAGGCCUAGCAAAGGUGGUUUCUAUCAGGGAUAACAUGGUAAAGAACAUCAAAUACGGAGGUGGCGGAGGCACAACCCUCUACAAUCUAACCGUUUCUCGUGAGCAAUGCAGUUUCCAUAAUAUAUGGAUCGAAACCGGUCCUCCGGAUCAUAUCAGCAUGAUUGUAGCGGGUUGGUCGGGAGAUGGCUAUCGUGACGGAUGCUACAAUGUGUUGUGUCCAGGCUUUGUCCAGGUACACAGGACAAUAACGACCAAUUUUCCAUUACAGCCCGCUUCCGUUUAUGGUGGACAGCAGUACGAACUCAUAAUGUAUAUCCAACAGGACAUGUAUACUGGCAAUUGGUGGUUGAAUGUGUUCUAUCCGCCGAUUCCGGUGGGUUACUGGCCGAAGGAAUUAUUCCUGAAUUUGCGCAACGGCUCCCUGCAUAUAGCCUGGGGAGGAAUCGGACUGGCCGGAAGCGACGGAGUUUGUCCGCCGAUGGGAAGUGGUCACAAGCCCGACGGCGACUAUACGCACGCGGCAUGCUUCCGAGGACUCCAUUGGACUAGCUCGCUUGGCACAUUCUAUACUCCAAGGAAAGAGGCCGAGUGGGUGGAUAAAUCCAAUGUCUAUGACUUGAAAAACGAUCACUACCUGGAAAAAAUGGGGGAUUUAGGACAGGAGCUUAGAAUGCAAGUUCAGAAACUGCGAAACUGA